AUACAAUGGAGAGGUCAUGAACAAUAAAUAAUUUUGUUUGCUUGGUUGGCCUCUAUCAGACAGAAGCCGGUGAAUUUCUUAAUUAACAAAACUAGAAGAUAAGUAAUAGUUAAUACACUAACAUGGGGUGUGGGACUAACAUGGGAAACAACUAGGGGCAUAUGCAUAGUAAAUGUAUUUUUCCUUGUUGUCAACCAUCAGUUUUAUUGAUGGCUUGAAAUUAAUUAAGUAACCAGUUGAUCUUAAACCUCAAUUAUGAGGCAAGUCGACGUCCAACAUGAUUAACAGAACCCUCACGUGCACUAAGGAACUCAACGCUUUUCUCUUCUCUACAAACUCUGCUCCAUUACAGAGAAACGAGAGACAGGACUCAACGGUUUUUGGUUUUGCUUGUUUCUAGUUCCUUGUGUUAAAUCUUUUCUGUAAUGGUGAACCUCAAAGAUCAUGACAUGGGAGAAGGGAUGCAAUGCUUAACACAUCCUUAUACAAAGAACCUUGGUGGGAUAUGUGCAUUGUGUCUCCAAGACAAACUCGGUAAGCUCGUCACUUCCUCUUUCCCACUCUCUAAACCUAACCACCCUUCUUCUUCCUCCUCUUCGUCUUCUUCGGCUAAUCUUAUCUACAAGAGAAGCAAGUCAAUGGCCGCUUCUUACGGUGAGAGUUUCAGCCAGAGGAAACGAAAUGGGUUCUGGUCCUUUCUUCAUCUAUACUCUUCCAAACACCAAACCACCACCAAAAAAGUCCACCAUUCUUCGAGACCAAGAAACCAGAUCGAUAACGAGAAGCACCAGACAACAGAGACAACAUCGGAUCAGGUCGUUGGUGGAGGCAUUGAUGUGAUAGUUGAGGAAAAAGAUGAGAGUGCUAACAAAGAAGUUGCAGAAACGCAAACAAACGGGGUUGGUAGUGGUGGUGGAGGAUCAUCUUUUGGGAGGAAAGUGUUGAGAUCAAGAUCUGUCGGGUGUGGAAACAGAAGUUUCUCCAGUGGGUUAGGAGAUUGUGCCUUGAGAAGGAUUGAGUCUCAGAGAGAACACACAAAGGUCACUAGUAAUGGUGGUGAUGAAGCUGAUGAAGCGAUGAGUGAAAUGGUGAAAUGUGGUGGUAUCUUUGGAGGGUUUAUGAUCAUGACACCAUCAUCAUCAACAGUUAAUCAUCAUCAUCAACAUAAGAUGGCGAAUAGAAGCGCAUGGGGAUGGGCAAGUCCAAUGAGAGCCAAGACUUCUCAUAAAGCUGGUCACAAAAACACAGCUCAAAACUUGGACUCAAUUCCUUCGUUGGUUACUAUGAAAAGCUAAAAGAGAUACACAUUGGUUUAUAUUUCAUUCAUGUGUUUAUUAGUUAGCCUGUUCUUUAAUCAUUGGUUUGAUCUUUUGAGUACAACUGUUUAUGUAAUGUCACACUAUUUAUCCUUUUUCAUUUCUAUGUUUAGCCUAUUGGCUAAUGUUGUUGAUCAUCAUCA